AGUCACACCUCACCAGACCUGACCGCGACUCUUCCCAUCGCUGGACCUCCACCAGAGCUACCUACCCACGCCGGCCGCCCCGCCGACUAUACUCCGGCUGCCGCCGCCGUCGCCACCACGCUCCUACCCGGACGCCGCUCCGAGCGCCUCCCCUCCAAACGCGCCGUAUUAACCCCUGCUCUUACAACCGAGGCCUACAGCUGCCGCCGUGCCCGUACCUUAGCGGCGUCACCGCCGACGCCUCAACCCCCCCUCCCUCCCCCCCACCCCACAUCCACCCAUCCACACGAAGCACCACGGCCUCUAAGGCGCGUUGCCUAGCCACCUCCGCCGUUCCCGUUCUUCCUCGUCGGGGCAUCGCGUUCCCGCUGCCCCCACCCCGUCCGCAGUGCUCACCCAUUUCGUCUAGAGGAGGUACGGCAUUGCUUUUCAUCCAGCGAUUAGUUAAAUUAAUCACACUGAACACAUCAUCUAGAUCCACCCGCGCCGGAAGUUUAGCGGUGGAUGCAACCGAGCAAGUAGGUGCCAACAAGUUUGGGAUAUGUCUUUCUUGCAUCUGCUGCCCACGAAGUUCCUUCCUCUGUAAAAUGAGAUGCUCUAUUGGGUUCAUUGCGCUCGAGACUAUCAAACAUAUCAUUAUCUUUUCUUCUCACAAUUGAACCUGAAAGAUCGGCAUAUGGCUAGUAGCUCCAAUGGCCAUUGUCCAGCUAAUGGUGCAAAAGUUCUGCCUGGAAGGGGGAAGAAGAAUCAGGAGAAAUUACAGCUUGACAAAGAUGCAGCUUCUAGGGCCUGUCAAAAGGACAGGCAAUACAUUGAGAAAUUGGAAACUGAGCUGAGCAACUGCUAUCAGGAAAUUGACUAUUUGCAGGAUCAGUUAAAUAUCAGGAAUGUUGAAGCAAACAUCAUGGGGGAGCAUAUUCACGGCCUUGAACUGAAACUAACUGAACUUGAGAAAUUUCCUGAAAGAGUGAGAGUUAUGGACAAUGCUCUGAUGCGGUCUGAUUCUCAGUGCUGGCUUCUGAUGGAAGAAGUCCAAAGUAAAGAAGAGGAGCUGCAAAAGGCAGCCUUACAAAUAGAGAAGCUCGAAAGCGUAACUUUGGACAUGCAAUGUGAAAUUGAGAGUUUAAAACUUGAUUUGACUACGCUUGAGCAAAGACUUUUUGAUGCUGAGAGCUUUAGCCAGCAUACUGCCGAGUACAAAGUUAGAAUAGAGAAGCAACUGGGAGAACAUGAGCUCCAGCUGCAAGAGGCAUGGAAGACUAUUGAUCAUCUUGAGGGUGAGAAUAAACAACUGAAAAAAGAGUACUUGCCUGGAAGAGCUCCUAAACAAUCCUCUUCUACAGGCGUGGAGCAACUUGAUAAAACAGUGGAGCAUGAUGGUCAUGCAAACUAUGAAAGAGGUCAUGAAAUUCUUGAAAAGAUGGGGAAGCAAAAUGAAGAACCUGAACUUAUAAUUGAGCAGCUCAAGGUAGAACUUCGAGAACAAAAACUGAAAGCAAAGGAGGAUGCAGAAGAUCUCACUCAAGAAAUGGCUGAAUUGAGGUACCAGAUAACUGGCAUGCUUGAGGAAGAAUACAAGCGUCGGUCUUGCAUUGAGCAAGCGGCUAUUCAACAAAUUCAGCAGCUGGAGGCUCAGGUCUCCAAAGAGCAAAGGAAAUUGAGCGGAGCACUAAGACAACUGCAGGAAUCGCAUGAGCUAGCUGACACGCAAGCUACGGAGAUUAAGAAACUGAAGGAUGCUUUAGGGGUAUGUGCAUAGAUUGAACUCUGCAAUGAACCUCGGGAGGGUUUGCAAAUCUUGCUCUUGCGGGUUCUGUCCAAUGCUGGUAGAGUUGUCUAAUUGCUCGAUUGAAGGGUCGCUUGACCUCAGAUCUUCCGAUGCUAGCAACAUUGACGAAACACCACCGGAGAACCAAGCGCUAGUAGAGUGGCAUCCCGAUGAAGCUUCAGAUGGUGCCGCAGUAAAUAAUGUAGGAUGCUAGAUGCAUAUGCACUCAUGUGGGCAGUUGCUGUAUAUAAUUCUUUGUGCCACUGUUGUUUGUAGAUGCAUUUGUAACCUUAGUGAGCUAUUUUACUUACAGAUUACCACUUGAGUUAAGCUCCAACGGCAGCGCGAAUGUAACUUGUAAAAGCUUCAUAUGUAUCGUCUCAGAUUCAGCCUCAGGACUCACAAGGAUGUUACAUGUAUUAGCAUACACAGAUUUGCCAAAUGAGAAUGUUGUAAGUGGCA